AUGGCUAUCUUGAAGAGGAGGUCUAUGUGUAACAACCCCCCGGUUUGUAGAGAAUGGCUUUACAAGUAUCCUUAUAAGCAUGCUCUCUACAUUAAGGUAAAUGACAAUAUUGUUCUGAUUGUUUGUCUGUAUGUCGAUGAUCUAAUUUUUACAGGCAACAAUCCAAAGACGUUUGAAGAAUUCAAGAGAAAAAUGUGCUGUGAAUUUGAGAUGACAGAUUUAGGAUUUAUAUCCUAUUAUCUUGGGAUAGAAGUAAAGCAGACAGAGGAAGGCAUUUUCAUCGUACAAGAAAAUUAUGCAAAAGAACUUCUACAGAAAUUCAACAUGAGUAAUUGCAAUCCAGUUAACACUCCAGAAGAAUGUAACAUCAAACUUUCUAGAUAUGAUGAUGGUGCAAAGGUGGAUCCAACCUUGUUUCGAAGCUUAGUUGGAAGCCUGAGAUAUUUAACUUGUAUAAGGCCGGAUAUAUUAUUUGGAGUAGGACUGGUUAGUCGUUGUAUGGAGGCUCCAACAACAACACAUUUGAAAGCUGCGAAGAAAAUUUUACAUUACAUCAAAGGUACUCUUGAUUUCGAGUUACAUUAUUAUGCCUCUAAUGUUUUCAGACUUAGAGGUUUCAGUGAUAGUGAUUGGGGUGGCGACAUUGAUGAUCGAAAGAGUACCAGUGGAUUUGUAUUUUACAUGGGUAACACAGCUUUUACUUGGAGCUCAAAAAAGCAACCAGCUGUUACUCUGUCAGCUUGUGAAGUUGAGUAUGUUGCUGUCAGUUUUUGUGUUACACAAGUAGUUUGGCUAAGGAAUUUGUUGAAUAAGCUUCAUUUUACACAAAGAGAGCAUAUUGAAGUAAAUGUGAAUAACAAAUCAGUCAUUGUUUUAGCAAAGAAUCCGUUGUUUCAUGAAUGUAGCAAGCAUAUAGAUACCAAAUAUCACUUUGUGCAUGAAUGCAUUGCAAACAAGGUAUUGAAGAUUAAUUUUGUGAAGUCUCAAGACCAAAUUAGAGAUAUUCUCACCAAAUCUCUCGAGUUAAAUACUUUCAAGGCAUUAAGAAGCUUGCUUGGAGCAAGUCCACAAUUAAAUAGAAAAUCAUUUCCUCCUCCUAAGUCCACUUCUAUUUCCUACACCAAAUUAUUAGCUCUUCUGAAGUCAUUACUUCCUGGGAGUAUUAAUGAAGUGAAACUGUCCGUCUCUGGUAAAAUGAAAACAAGCAGUGAUGGGAAUCUCGAGAAGGGGCAGAAGCAGUUAGAUUUGAAGGUUUAUAACAAGGCUAUAACGACAGAAAAUCUUUGA